UCCCCUAACCCCCAGACUGGACACAAGACCCUGCUACUGGACAGCAAGACAGGAGCUGACGGGGUUCCGUUUGCGUUCCUGAACGGGUUGGAGAUCUCCUCUCAGACUGGGAUCAUCUACUUUACUGAUUCCUCCUCUCGCUGGGGACGACGACACGUCAAACUAGAGGUGAUGGAGACCAACGCUCUGGGUCGUCUCCUGACCUUUGACCCUGUGUCAGGACGCGUGGGUGUCCUGCUGGAUGGGCUCUACAUGCCCAAUGGCAUCGCCCUGUCACCUGACGAGAGCUUCCUGCUGCUGGCUGAGACCAGCAUCGGGUGUGUCCUCAGGGACUGGCUGAAAGCCUUUUGUUUGAAUGACUCAGGGUAUCUUUUCUCCCUAUUGGCUGAAAGGCCCAAGGCUGGCACCAAGGAGGUCAUCAUGAACAAUAUGCCCGGUUACCCUGACAACAUCCGCCUUAGCGCUGGAACCUUCCUGGUUGGCCUACAGACCACACGCUCAGGAAGUCAUGCUCCAUUCCUGGACCUGAUUGGUCCGUACCCAGCGGUGGUUCCUCUGAGCUGGUACAGCAUGCUGUUGCCUAGAUACGGCCUGGUGUUGGAGGUGGACGGGGAAGGGGAGGUGGUGGGGAGUCUCCAUGACCCUACAGGCAGCCUGACCUGGGCCGUCAGCGACGUGUUCCCCCACCAGGGGAGACUCUACCUGGGUAGCACCGACCUGCCCUUCCUUCCUGUCCUGGAGGACUGGAGCUAACCACUAACUUCUGCCGCAGGCCUCUCUUACUAGGCCUGGGGGGGUGACUGGGGGGAAGACUGCAGCAGGCCUCUCAUACUAGGCC